AUGCACGCCGCAAACCUGGUUUCUCUGGCUCGACUUGUGACGGCGCCUGUUAUUGGGGGCCUAAUAGUAAACGAUUACUAUAGUAUAGCUGCCUUGGCCGUAGCAGCAGCAGGUGUUAGCGACGUUCUGGACGGAUACUUGGCCAGAAAGUACCAAAAGGUGACGACGCUGGGGUCCAUACUCGACCCCGUGGCGGACAAAGUAGUGAUCAAUGCAACGGCUGCUGCCCUGAGUGCGAAGGGUGUCCUCCCGCUUGGGCUUGUCGGUGUGUUUCUGGCUCGAGACUCGCUCCUCAUCCUGGGUGGAGCCUACUUUGCAGUGAAGCUCUAUCGUGAAGCGCGUCGUCGGGACGCCGCAGUUGGGCAACCUGCGCGUUCGCAGAGCAGCGACGCCUGGCCAUAUCGAGUAGCGCCGCUGUUUAUCAGCAAGCUGAAUACUUUCGGGCAGUUCUGCACCAUCUCGUAUGCGAGUUUGGGAGCAGCAAUGGGUACCGGUGAUGACGACCCUGUUCUGCAGGCGCUCUGCUGGGUCGUGGGGUCCACCACCGUUCUCAGUGGAGCGCUCUACGCUCGAGCAGUAUUGAAAGCUCCGUCGGGAUAUCCGUCAUCCAUUCUGCGCAAGGUAUGA